AUUAGCACGCAGAGGGGCAGUUAAUGUAUUCAUGAAUACCUCAUCAGAAAGUCAGUAGUAUCAAGUUGGGAAAUAUUGUGCAGAACAAGUCUCAAAUUCAUGAUCCCAUUAGAGAAAUCACUGAGAACAAUAUCAUUUCUUUUCUUUAAGUGGGUAGACACUAUACUGAACACCAGGGAACUGGGGCGCCGCUCUGCUUAUGAAAGGAGAUUUCUUUUCCAGAAACAUUUCAUUGAAGGCUGAGACAUGCCAGUAGCACCCUUCCAUAACCAUUUAGACACAGCAACAGCAGCAACAGCAGCAACAGCACAUUACCUUCUCGUUCUAGUUCAUGAGGUUAGACACUUGGUGGAGGCCUCGGAGGCAAGGCUCUGACGCAGACAGCCUGGCACCCUAGGGUCUGGCAACAUGAGACAACACUGUAGUGUGCUUAGACGAGCUCUUAGGUAGUCAGUGUGUGUCCGACUGACCGAGGGGGAGGCAAUAUUUGUUGUUUCUGGGCUUGGGGAGAACAACAGAGAAGUGGCUGGGCAGAUUGAAAGCCACCAUCGGGUCAGAGUUUGGGGGACACACAAAGGUUGCUGUCAGGCGGCGGCAACAACCUGUCGGCUCCAAGUCAACUUCAGUGCCUGUUUCUGUCCGAUCCUGCGCGGGUGUCAUAAUGGACAACUCCACAAACAGUGAAGACGAUGUGGCUCGCAUGGCUUACAUCAACAUUUACUCCUACUUCCACAACACCUACAUCUGGGUACUAGUCAUCCUCGGCGUCCCUGGCAACGUGGCCAGCGUCUUGACCAUCCUGACCAUGCCCUUCACGGCGUCCAUUUUCUACGUGGCGCUGCUGGCCGUCACCGACCUGCUGGCCCUGGUCCUCAAAGUCGUCUUCCACCAGAUGUACAACUACGGGGUACCUGUCAGCACCGCCGGGUGUAAAGUGGAGGUGCUAGUGGAAGUAGUCAGCUCCUACGCCAACUGGACCCUCGUUCUCAUCUGCUUCGAGCGGUUCCUGACCGUCUGCUACCCCCAGAAAAAAGCCGUCUGCUUCACGAAAAAGAAGGCCGCUGUCAUGGCCGCCGCCCUCUGGGUGGCGCUGCUGUUGUGCUACAUGUACGCCGUCGUCGUUAAGGAGAAGGGCGACAAUUCAUGUCAGUUCCCCGAAUAUUCACGAUUGUCCAUCUUGCCUGUCUGGUACUGGAUCACCGUCUGUCUGUACUCCUUUCUGCCGUUCACGAUCCUCGUCAUCUUUACCUCGCUGACCAUCGUGGGCUACAGGAAGCAGACUACAGUCCUUCGGACAUCUCUUAAGACCACCGCAGGUGACGAUGACGAAGACGAUGACAGUCAGCCCGCCUUCGUGCAGUUCGAGAGAACCGUCAGCAUCAUGCUGGUAUCGUACGCCGUGGUGUUCCUGGUCCUCACCUUCCCCACCUGCGUGUACUACCUGAUGUUGGCCUUUGGUCAGCACCGCUACGGCACCUUGGAGGAGAGCUUCGCCUCGGUUAUGUUUGAAGAAGUCAGCAUCUGCUUUGCUGAUGCCACACAUGCUGUUAACUUCUACAUCUACUUCCUGUCAGCCAGAAGGUUUCGCGCUCGCUUCAAGGACCUGGUGCGCACAUACUGUCUGUGCCAAGCGGUCGGCUCUGUCCACAGUCGCACGGACUAUGAACUACACACCACCGUCACGCAGUGAGAGGAAAAAUCACGUGACUUAAGUGUCGGUCACAUUGCAAGAGGCAGAAAAUAUUGUGGCAGGGGCCUCAUUUAGAGACAUUUGAGACACAUAUGAAGGAAAAAAGACAUGGACUGAUGCUUGGCCACUUUUGGGAAAGUUCUGGCGGUUAUACAAACUUUUUGAUAAACUUCCAGUCUCUCAGCAACAUGACGCAGUUGUUUGUGUCAAUAUUUGGCGAUGUUUCAUGUGGAUUGCCUCAUAAAAAAACUAAUGUUUGGGACACGCAUGUAACCAGCUUCUGUAGGAAAUUAUGUCAAAAGAGAAAAAUAAAAAUUUUUACAUCAGUAACGUGCGCUACAAGCAAAGGCCGCGACUCCUGUUUGUAAAAAAAGCUUGGCUGAGAAAUUUGCAACAGCUUUCCUCCCUUGAACUGGAACCACACAAUAAGUGGGUCAGUCUGAGAAAGAAAGAAACUUUGCAAAAUACGAAGCGGGUUGUUGUUACCUUUUUACACCUUGCUGUGUCUGUAUUAAGGGAAGAUAUCUCACAGUGCCACCUGUCGAGACUAAGUGUCUAAUUGCCAAACCUCCAAAGUACCAGAAAGUCCCAAUGUAUUGUCAAAUGUAUCUUUAUACCAGUCCUACGCGGUUUUUUUUUUUUUGAAGCUACUGGUUUCCUAUGAACUUAAGGGUAACUUUGCCAAACUUUGUCUGACAUCUGACUCAAUUUGUCUGUUUAGAAAAAAUUUGGUUGAGAUCCUUUUUAUCUUGAAACAAUCAGACUCAUUGCUAGGGCAGCUCAAAUAUUGUUUAGAGAGCAUGUAUAGCUCUGUGACACGUGUUUUAGUUACUGUCUGCAUGUACCCACUGUCUGCACCCUACAAUGUCCUCAAAUUUCAUUGUAAACAUGUCUCCACUGUCUAUAAGCCUCCGCUGCCCUCCAGUAUACAUCAUCUACACACAUCUACCACCCUCAAGCUUCCACUGUCAAGUAUACAUCAUGUACACACCCUCAAGCCUUCACUGUCCUCAAGUAUACAUUAUGUAUACAUCUACCUGCCUCAAGCUUCACCUGUCCACAGGUAUGCAUUGCAUAUGUCUCUAGGUUUCACCUGUCCAGGUUAUUUUGCGGGAAGGUCUCUCGGUGCAUUUUUCUGUCCCACUAGGUUACUGGAGCCCCAUACUCUCUUCAUCCUGAUCACUAUUAUGAUUUCUUUUUGGUUUUCGAUUUCGACUAAUAAAUUGACCACUUGACUAAAUUUCAACGCCUCAUUGACAAAAUUAUUCUCUGUGGAUUUGAACACAAGCAUUAGCUAAUUUGGAUUGAAGGAGAGAAUUUUCACAAAUUCAUCCCAUGUGAAACUGCACAAAAAAGCAAUCAACCUAAUCAUCGGAGAGAGCUAAUUCGUUCGGAGUAUCCAAAGAAUGAUGGUUGCUGUAGAAGCACUUACUGAAUUAUACUUCUUAUAUGAG